AUGUCAGCCGAUAAUUUGGAUUUGCUGGAAAAAAUAAAUUAUCUUAAAAGUUUAAGAGCCAUUCGCGAACGUUCAAAUAAAAUUUAUCAAAAGGGCGAAACCAACAACCUUGAUCAUUUCCAUGUAAAUCUAUCAAAUAUCCAAGAGGUUAUUAAUGUAAUGGCCUCACUUAUUAAGCGUGAUUAUAAAAAUAUCAAUGAUAUUCCACCUCAUGGCCGUUGGCGUCAUUUUGAUGUUGGGGGGCAUUCACGUAUUUGGACUCUGAUCAAUUCUUGGAAAGAUGAUUGUGAUACACUUGAAAUAACUCGGAGAAUUCUUGAUUUAUUUGUUGUGUCAGUUUUGUUAGAUGCUGGUGCUGGAAAUACUUGGUCUUAUAAGGAAAUUGGAUCCGGUGAAGUGUAUAAUAGAUCUGAAGGAUUAGCUAUCGCUUCAUUGGAUAUGUUUAAGUCUGGCAUUUUCUCUAGUCAAGAAAAUCAACCACAUCAAGUUAAUGCUGACAAACUGAUAAAUAUUAGUGUAAAUGAUGUUAGUAAAUCUUUUCAGGUUAAUGAUAAUAACCUUUUGGCAGGUCUUGAAGGUCGUUCCAAUUUGUUGGUUAGGUUGGGUCAUGCAUUGAAAAGUCAUCCUGAGUUUUUUAAAUUAAAUGAUAAUUUGCCACCAAGACCUGGAAAUUUAUUAGAUUAUCUUUUAUCAAAUUCGAUAAAACAAGAGAAUGAUAUUGUGGUAAAAAUUGAUACAUUAUGGUCAGUUAUUGUUGAUGGUUUUUCAGAUGUCUGGCCUCCAACAAGAACUUCAGUGGCAGGAAUUUCUCUUGGAGAUGUAUGGCCAUUUGAUGGUCUUAAAAAAACAUCAGAUGCACAUGUCGAUGAUCCUACAGAAAACCUUAUUCCAUUUCAUAAACUUUCGCAAUGGCUAACUUAUUCGCUUAUGGAACCGAUCACUAAAAUAUAUGGUGUUAAAUUUGAGGGAGUAGAACAUUUGACUGGAUUGCCAGAAUAUAGAAAUGGUGGUCUUUUUGUUGAUACUGGUGUUUUAACUCUCAAAUCAAUUGAUAUGGAUCGUGGUCUCGAUUACGCCAAAAAAUUUUCAAAAAAUGAUUUGGAGGUUGUUCCGAUGUUCGAAGCUGAUGAUUCUUUGGUGGUUGAAUGGCGUGCCAUGACAGUAAUUCUUUUAGAUAUAGUAGCACAGAGAAUUAGAGAUCACCUUGGUUUAUCUGAACAACAACUCUCAUUAGCUCAAGUACUUGAGGCAGGGACAUGGAAAGCUGGAAGAGAACUUGCUGCUUCUUUACGUCCAAAGACACGUGGACCUCCUAUUGCUAUAAAAUCUGACGGAACAGUGUUUUAA